UUCUCUCCUCCCUGGAUCCGUACACGGCUGUGCUCAUCUGGAGAGUAACUCUCGGCCAAAACCUGGCAGCAGAUAACCAUGGACCAGUACAGCCUUGGGGAUGACGGUGCCCUUCCAUCAAAGAUGCACCUCCCUUCCUUAUCUGAGAGCCAGGGGCUCCACUGCAGUGACACCCUCAACCGGGAUCUGGGUCCCAGCACACGAGACCUGCUCUACGCUGGCCUGAGUGGCUUGGACCUGGACCCCAGCCUCCCAAAGCCCGGGGUGCCCGGCGAGGCCCUGGAGGACAAUUUAGAUGCAGUGUCCCUGUACUCGGGGAAGGACAGUGACGCCGUGAAGGUGCUGGAGGAGUAUGCAGACCCGGAAUCUCAGGCUUCCUUACAAGACCUGGGGCUGGGCCCGCUUAAGGCGCCUAAAGACACUGACGAAGGCGGCAGGGCCAGCUCGGGGAGUGCCAGGAAAGGAAAGCGGCAGCACAGCUCCCCGCAGAACCCGCUUCUGGACUGCAGCCUCUGCGGGAAGGUGUUCAGCAGCGCCAGCUCUCUCAGCAAGCACUACCUGACGCACAGCCAGGAGCGGAAGCACGUUUGCAAAAUCUGCAGCAAGGCCUUCAAGCGGCAGGACCACCUGACCGGGCACAUGCUCACCCACCAGAAGACCAAGCCCUUCGUGUGCAUCGAGCAGGGCUGCAGCAAGAGCUACUGCGACUACCGCUCGCUGCGCCGGCACUACGAGGUGCAGCACGGCCUGUGCAUCCUGAAGGAAGCCCCCGCGGAGGAGGAGGCCUGCGGGGACUCCCCCCACGCCCAGGAGGUGGCCGGCCCGCCCGCACCCGGUGGCCUGCGGUCCCUGAUGCCCCCAGAAGCCAGGUCCCCUGGCUCCCUCCUGCCCAACCGAGACCUCCUGCGCUGUAUCGUGAGCAGCAUCGUCCACCAGAAGAUCCCUUCUCCCUGCCCGGCCCCGGCUGGGCCUUCAGACAGCAGCGAAGGGAGGAACACGGUCUGUCCCUGCCCACCCUCAUCCGGGCCCUCCUGCACCCCAGCGAGCACCCCAGCAGCCCCAGGAACCCUGGGCACUGAAGCUCCCGAGGAGCCGCGUCCCCCGCAGAAGGAGCCCGUCGCUGACAUGUUCACAGCCGUCCACUCACGGGCGGCAGAGAACGGUGGCCCCGACCCAUCUGAGCCAGAGCCGUGGCUGCUCCAGCUCCCAUCCACCCUGGAGGGCUGGCCUGAGGGCGGCGCCCUGCCUGCCUGCCUGCCUCUGUUCCGAGGCCAGACGGGCCCCUCCAGUUCCCAGCCAUCCAGCCACAACUUCCAGUGGCUCCGGAACCGGAGCCUGCCCGGCUGCCCCAAGAGCAAAGGGAACAAUGUGUUUGUGGUCCACAAGGCCCCUGCGGUGCAGUCCCCGGAGGGCCCGGAAUCCGGCCCUGGGCCCAACAGCGCCUCCCCCAGCAGGGAGCCCUCCCCCGGCCCGGGCCUCGGCCUGGAGGACGUGCUGCCCUUCGCGCCCUCCCUCCUGAAGGCGCCUGGGGAGGCCUCGGGUGACCCCAGACACGCCAGUGGGGAAGAUGACAACUGGGCUUGCAAAAAGGGCCAGUUUGACUGUGACACGUUCCCGUGGCAGAACCCCGGGGAGCCCGGCCUGCAGGACGUCCAGAAGCCGGGUGGGCUCCCGUCGGACGCCACCCCGCUCUUCCGGCAGCUCUUCCUGAAGUCGCAGGAGUCUCUGGUGAGCCACGAGCAGAUGCAGGUGUUCCAGAUGAUCACCAAGUCCCAGCGGCUCUUCUCCCACGCCCAGGUGGCCGCUGCGUCCUCCCAGCUCCCGGGCCCUGAGGGCAAGCAGGCCGCCCUGAAGUCGGGUCCGUGGUCGCAGCAGCCCCUGCCGCUGACACCCAGUGCUGACUCCCUCCAUGCGGGCCCUGGAAACCCGGAGCCUGAGGGGUCCCCAGUCCAAAGGAGAAAAACCGCACCUGCUCUCCCCAGAGCAGCCUCUCCUGGCAGCGUGAAGUGGGACUCGAAGGGCGGACCAAAGGUGGCCACCGCCCCCCCGGCCCUCACAGCAUCCUCCCUGGACCCCCCCGAGAACCCGGACCUCUCCGCUCUGGCCAAGCAGUUGAGAUCUGCAAAAGGGACUCUGGACCUGGGGGACCUAUUCUCGCCCGGCGGCCCACCGCAGGGCCAGGCAGGUGGGGACCAGCCACCUGGAGCCCCGGGCCCCGGGAAGCAGACCCAGGCUGAGAACGGCGCGGCAUCAGGAGCCACGAAAGGUGAAAAGGGCUCGGCCUGCACCCGGGGCGGAGGCUACCGGCUCUUCUCUGGCAACCCCAGGGCCCAGCGCUUCUCAGGCUUCCGGAAGGAGAAGGUGAAGAUGGACAUGUGCUGUGCCGCCUCUCCCAGCCAGGUGGCCAUGGCCUCCUUCUCCUCGGCCGGGCCUCCGGCGGAUCCUCCCCGGGACUCCAAGUCCAAGCUGACCAUAUUCAACAGAAUCCAGGGUGGAAAUAUCUACCGGCUCCCCCAUCUGAUGAAGGAGGAGAACAUGGCAGGUGGAUGUAACCAGCAAAACGGGGGCCCUGCAGACUGGGCAGAGCCCAGGAGCACGUACGUCUGCAAGAACUGCAGCCAGAUGUUUUACACCGAGAAAGGGCUGAGCAGCCACAUGUGCUUUCACAGCGACCAGUGGCCGUCACCUCGAGGGAAGCAGGAGCAGCAGGUGUUUGGCACAGAGUUUUGCAAGCCAACGAGACAGGUGCUGAGGCCAGAGGGGGAUGGGCAGAGCCCCCCCGGAGCCAAGAAGUGCUUGGACAACUCGGCCCCUUUGGAGCUCUCCAUGUCGGUGCCUGUGGCUCCAACACACCGAGUCCUGGGGAGCAUGGUCAAGGGGCAAGAGAAAGACGUGGAGGAGAGAGACGGCAGGGAGAGCAGCCUGCACCGGAAGCGGAAGAAGCGCCCCCAACACAAGGCCCUGUUCAUCCCUCCGCCCCGCUCCACAUUCGGGGAGCCAGGCCCAGGAAGAUGCCACCAGAGCUGCCUGCGGUCUCCGGUGUUCCUGGUGGACCGCCUCCUGAAGGGGUUGUUCCAGUGCCCUCCCUACACGCCACCCCCAAUGCUCAGCCCCAUCCGGGAGGGGUCUGGGCUGUAUUUCAGCACGCUCUGUUCCACGUCGGCCCAGGCCAGUCCCGACAAGCUCAUCAGCACGGCGCUGGAUCAAGUGGAUGGUUCUUUCGGCAUCUGUGUGGUGAAGGAUGACACCAAAAUCAGCAUUGAACCACACAUCAACAUAGGAAGCCGGUUUCAGGCUGAGAUCCCGGAGCUCCAGGACAGAUUGCUGGCCGGAAUCGAUGAGCAUUUAGCUUCUCUGGUCUGGAAGCCGUGGGGAGAUGUGAUGACCAACCUGGAAACGCAGGAUAGAGUGACUGAGCUCUGCAACGUGGCCUGCUCCAGCGUAAUGCCGGGAGGGGGCACCAACCUGGAGCUCGCUCUGCACUGCCUGCACGAAGCCCAGGGCAACGUUCAGGUUGCCCUGGAGACCCUCUUACUCAGAGGACCCCAGAAGCCGCAGACUCACCCACUCACCGACUAUCGCUACACAGGGUCAGACAUCUGGACUCCCAUGGAGAAGAGGCUCUUUAAGAAGGCGUUCUGCGCCCACAAGAAGGACUUCUACCUGAUACACAAGACGAUCCAGACCAAGACCGUCGCCCAGUGUGUUGAGUAUUAUUACAUCUGGAAAAAAAUGAUCAAGUUCGACUGCGGCCGAGCCCCGGGGCUGGAAAAGAGGCUCAGGAGAGAGCCGGAUGAAGCAGACAGGACGGAGGCGAAGGUCACGUGCAGCCCUCGAGAGAGACCUAGCCACCGCCCAACCCCCGAGUUAAAGAUAAAGACCAAGAGCUACAGGAGGGAGUCCAUCCUCAACUCCAGCCCCAACACCGGCCCCAAGCGGACCCCGGAGCGGCCCGGCAGCGCGGAGGGCCCGAGCGUGUUUCCCUGCAGAGAGUGUGAGAGGGUGUUCGAUAAGAUUAAGAGUCGAAAUGCCCACAUGAAGCGGCACCGGCUUCAGGACCACGUGGAGCCCAUCGUCAGGGUGAAAUGGCCGGCGAAGCCCUUGCAGCUGAAGGAGGAGGAGGACGACGAGGAGGAGAUGGGGGCUGACAUCGGGCCCCUGCAGUGGUGACUCCGGGCAGGUGGCUUGGGGCCCAGGCAGCAGUGGGGAGGGGGGCCCCAGCUCUGCCAUAUCUUCCUGCAGCCUCUCCAAGGCGUUUGGGGCACCCUCUGCCUCCCCACACCCUCCCCAGGGGCCCGCCCAGCUUGCAGACACGGUGGGCAUUUGACCAUAAGGAGGCAGGAGGCGCCCGGUCAUCGGGCAGCUGCGAAGUCCCUGCCGCGCUCCAGUCCCUUUAGGGUAAUGGUCUCCCUCCUCUCAGUUCCACUCCUGGCGCCGGGAGGCUGGGGGAGGGGCACCUAGACCUGGGAGCUCUCCAACGUUAGCCUCGGUUUGGGGUUUGGUUCCAUUGCUGGGGAAGGCCAAGUGUAGAAUCAGUGGGACAACACCUUCAGAUGGCACGUGUGGGGCCCCUCCAGGGCUCGCUCUGCAUUCCAGAUCCAGCCCCUAGUCUUGCAGUGACUUGUACAUGGUUAGGUUUUUUGUACGUGUCGACGUGUAAAUCUUAUUAAAUUGGGUUCUUGAGCGGC